AUGAGGGAGUUUAAAAUUUUACCAGUAUUUUUGUUAAUCAGUUUAAUUGCUAUACACGAAAGUACUUCGAAAUACAUUGAAGAUGAUGGGACUUUGGUACAACUGGAGGAAGGAAAGAUUCGUGGACAUAUCCUUAAAAGUGAGAAGGGCAACGACUAUUAUGCUUUUCAAGAAAUCCCAUAUGCUGCACCACCUGUAGGAGAACACAGAUUUCAAUUAGCCAAACCACCUAAACCUUGGACUAAUGUUCUCAAUACCACUAGAAAUACCAAGAUUUGUUAUCAAGCUCCAUCACCAUACAGCAACCUUGAACCAAGUGAAGAUUGUUUAUAUAUUAAUGUUUACACGCCACAAAAACCUGGCAGCAAUAACCUCCUUCCUGUUUUGUUAUGGAUCCACGGAGGAGGAUUUAUUAUGGCAGCUGGUACAUUUGAGUACUUUGGACCAAAAUAUGUAAUGGAUGCUGGCAUUGUCGUAGUAACCUUUAACUACAGAAUGGGAGCUUUUGGCUUUCUUGGGACUUACGAUGAAGUUAUUCCUUUAAAUAACGGACUAAAGGACCAAAGGUUGGCUAUGGAAUGGGUGAAUAAGAAUAUUCAUUUGUUUGGUGGAAAUGCCGAUCAUGUGACUAUAGUUGGUGAGAGUGCAGGAUCAUUGUCUAUUGGAUAUCAUCUUUUAGGACCAUGGGAAAACGAUAAACAAUUGUUUCAUGCUGCAAUAAUGCAAAGUGGAAGUACAGUGAGUGGUUUGCUUACACAGGAUGAUGAAACCAACACAGCCUUAUCGCUUGGUAGAGCUUUAGAUCCUCAAUUUACAUCUAACGACACGAAGGAGCUGUUGAAUGUGCUUCAGAACGCAGAAGCCAGCGAUAUUCAAAAGGUACGGGAAUUUUUGGAGGAGUGUCUACAGAACCAGAAGGACCAUUUUCCCAUGGCGGUUUUGAAGGAUUUCUUUCAGGAAAUUAUAAAAACGUGCCUGUACUAAUUGGAUUCAAUUCAGAAGAAGAAGCAGGUGCUGUUUUAUCAAAAAGCGAAGAUAUAUUAAAAUUAUUGGAUGAAGAUCCAACCCUACUCAUUGAUGACAGAAUAAAUAUGUCUCCUGAAGAUAGAGCAAUUGUUGGUAAUUUAAGAAAACAACUAUACACAUACAAUACUAGUUUUGUGGAAGAUUUUGGCGGGUAUAUAAGGCAUUUAAGUGACAAGAUAUUCAUUAAUGGAAUAUGUAAACAAGUUGAAUUAGCAUCUGCAAAUGUCCCAUAUUACUUCUAUCGAUUUGCCUACAAAGGAGAAUUAGGAGGAUUAAUGUCAUUGCUACCAUAUUUACCACCAGAUGUAGAUACAGUUUUGCAUGGUGAAGAUGUUACUUACUUAUGGAUGAUGGAUGGACUCAAUAACGAUCUUAGUAAAUUUCCAGAAUUAGAUCAGCUCGUUUUUCAUAAGUAUGUCAAACUGUGGACUAAUUUUGUCAAAUUUUACAAUCCAACUCCGAAAGUCGAUCCAUUUUUGGAGAACGUCAUCUGGCAACCAUCUGAGCCAAACUCAUUAAGAUUUUUAAAUAUUAAUGGAACUUUAAGUAUGCAAGAACAUCCAAGACAGUACAAGGCCGUUAACGAGAUUAUGGAAAAGUAUAUGCAACCACCUUUUGUAGUAUUUGGUUAA